UAGCAGCAGCGGCGGUGCGGAGCAGAGCUAGCCAGAGCGAGUAUGUGGUAGUGAGAGGGAGUUGGUGGGUAGCUGUCUGUGUGUGGCUCUCCACGCCUCUGGGGACUACUUGAGGCGGCUUCUAAUUCCUAAACUGGGUCUACGAGGAGCAUCGCAGCGCAUAGUCUGUCUGUUGAUCUCGGCGUAAAACAUGAUGCGACCACAGAGGCAUGGGUCUUGGAGUGCUCAGGACGACCUCAAGGUCGGGCGGCACACCGUGCGGCUCAAGAGGAGCCUUGGAGAAGGAGGCUUUGCCUUCAUACACCUGGUGGAGGAUGUCAACACGGGACGGGCGCUAGUCCUGAAGCGGUCGAGCCUGCAGAGCCACGAGGGCAGGGUGGUCUACGAAAAGGAGGCGUCCAUCAUGCGCUCCCUCGCUCACCCCAACAUUGUGCAGAUCGUCACCGCGGUGGAGCUGCAGAGCUCCAAAACGGGCGCCAUCUUGAUGGAGUUUUGCCCACGUGGACACCUCCUCGAGGCGCUCAACAGCCUCGGCGGGAAGCGCAUGGAGGAGGAGGCGGUGCUUUCGGUGAUGUGCGACAUCGUGAGUGCUGUUAAGUACCUGCAUGAUAAGGGCAUCACCCACCGUGACAUGAAGCUGGAGAACAUCCUCAGGUCUUCCUCUGGACCCCACAAGCUUUGCGACUUCGGCUCUUGCGUUCAGGGUCGAGUGCCGCUGGACACGGCCGAGCAACGAGCCAACGAGGAGGAGGUGGUGGAGAAGACGACGACACAGAUGUACCGCGCCCCCGAGAUGGUUGACCUGUACCUUGAGAGGGAGCUCACGGAGAAAGUGGACAUUUGGGCUCUAGGCUGCAUACUCUACGCCGUGUGCUACCUGAAGAACCCCUUCCAGGAUGCCGGAAACCUGGGGAUUCUGAACGCAAAGAUUCGCAUCCCCGACGACUCUGUUUUCUCUUCCGGCUUGGUGGAUCUCAUCCGGCGCUGCCUCACCGCGUCACCAACUCACCGACCGAGCGCAUCCGAGGUCGAGGCUGGCAUCCAUGCGUUGAGUAAAGGGAACCCUUUGCCCCCGCCGAGACACAAGAAGAAAUCGUCGGAAGCGGAUUGCGGCCAUGCCGCUGGUACUGCUGCGGCAAGUGUCGGUGGUGUUGCGGCGCAGGCAGCAACUGCUCCGGCGAGCAACAGCGGCGGCCUUUCCAACAGUGUCGGGGCCCUGGCUCGCAAUGUUGUAGGUGGAAGGGGGCACGAGGGGAGCGGGAGGACGGUGACGGCGGCGGGAGCGGCGGGGAAGAGUUAUUCGCAACAGGUUCUUACCCCCCCGAAGGCCAAGCCAGUAGCAGCUCAACCGCAGCUAAACCCAAACUCGGUGGCUGCCAGACGACUAGCGUCUCGGAAGGGUUCGGCUUCUUCAAAUAAUACCGGGAGUAGAAAUAGCUUGGUCCCGCCGCCGCCGCCGCCACCGCCUUCUGAGCAAAGGCCGGAUGACCACGGCCGUGCCCCCGGCGGCAGCGGCGGCUCGCCAACGGGGUGGCCGGGAGCAUCGACGGCGGCGGCGGCGGCGGCAGCGGCGGCGGCGGUUGGCAGCGGGGCUGGUGGCGGAGACGGUCAUUUAGACCCGGAUGGCUGGAGCAACUUCGCGGCCUUUGAUCAGUUCCCGGAGGCGUUGGAUUUGUCCACGUCAGGCCGACAGCAGGGUAGUAGUAAUUUCGGGGCGGCACCGUUUGAGUCGCCGGUGGCGGCAGUUGGAGAGUCCCCGCUGGUGAUGAACGUG